UUUAUAAAUCUACUUUUCCCACCUUCGCCUUUCUUCAAUGCAAAAGGUUUGAUUUCGGUAGAGAAGAGAGAUCGAGCUUUCUAAGAUCUUCGUCUUUCCAGCUUUUCCACAGGCAUUCCUUCAUCAAUCUCGUAAAGAUCGCUGGAUUUCUCGUGACAUCCGUCGAAAAUCCGGAGAAAAACCAGAUCCUGAGGUUUUUAUAGCGCAUCCGUCGAAGAAGUGCAGGGAAUCGAGGGUUUUUGCAGAGAAAACAGUUGCAAAUCCUCUGUUUUCGACAUUUCUGUGGGAGAAUUGUUGAAGGAACGGAAGAUUGGCGAUUGAUCGUUGAAAGAACAGAGCCUGACGCGUUUUAUUGAGGUUUUUCUCUCUCGACUCGUGAAAUUCAGUUUGGAUCGCUGAAUCUUGAGUUUAGAGCACUCGAUCCAGCAAAGUCAUCGGAUUCUAGAUAUUUCCAGCGACUUCUGUCAAGGAUUUUAUUCUUUUUGAAUAUACAUCUGUCGAAUUUACUUCGAGAAGAUGAUAUUCUCUAUAAAGCAAUCAGGAGUUGCUCCUGUUGUUUCCGAUGUCAUUCGUCAAAAACUGCCGUCUCCAAAGCCUCGUCUGCCUUUGCUUCCUUCACUAUCAGCGAUGAAAAGCCCCAAAUUCUCUCUGUCCGUGCAGAAGCCACUCUACCUGUCUUCCUUCGAAGGCUUCGGAUCCUCCGCUGAGGGGCCGAGGUCUCGGAAGCUGAAAUUCGAGUGCAGUGCCUAUGAAGCGGAUCAUUCGGAGGAAGUCCCUAACCAGCAAGUGCGGUCUGCUGCCGCGCAGAAGCUGAAGAUCGGCAUCUACUUUGCGACAUGGUGGGCCUUGAACGUUGUAUUCAAUAUCUACAACAAGAAGGUCUUGAAUGUCUUCCCGUACCCAUGGCUCACGUCGACACUGUCGCUCGCUGCGGGAUCGCUGAUUAUGCUGAUCUCAUGGGCCAUAAGGAUUGCUGAACCGCCAAAAACGGAUCUAGGUUUCUGGAAGGCCCUUGCGCCGGUGGCAGUUGCCCAUACGAUUGGGCAUGUGGCGGCGACGGUGAGCAUGUCAAGGGUGGCGGUCUCAUUCACGCAUAUCAUCAAGAGUGGUGAACCGGCAUUUAGUGUUUUGGUGUCAAGGUUUCUGCUGGGGGAGAGUUUCCCAGUGCCAGUUUAUCUGUCGCUCCUUCCGAUCAUUGGAGGAUGCGCACUAGCUGCAGUUACAGAGCUCAAUUUCGACAUGAUCGGGUUUAUGGGUGCGAUGAUAUCGAAUGUGGCAUUUGUAUUCCGGAAUAUAUUCUCAAAGAAAGGGAUGAAGGGGACGUCAGUCAGCGGAAUGAACUACUAUGCUUGUCUCUCUAUGUUGUCUCUUGUGAUUCUCACUCCCUUUGCAUUGCAAGUGGAGGGCCCCCAGCUGUGGGCAGCUGGCUGGGAGAAAGCACUGUCUCAGAUUGGACCUCAAUUCAUUUGGUGGGUAGCGGCCCAGAGCGUAUUUUAUCAUCUAUACAAUCAGGUCUCAUACAUGUCUUUGGACGAAAUCUCCCCCUUGACGUUUAGCAUCGGAAAUACCAUGAAGAGGAUAUCUGUCAUCGUCUCAUCCAUCAUCAUCUUCCGCACUCCGGUCCAACCCGUCAAUGCACUUGGAGCUGCCAUCGCCAUCCUUGGAACUUUCCUCUAUUCUCAGGCCAAGCAGUGAAAAGGAGCUGAAGAAGGCCUGAUUGGGUUUCUCAGCUGCAAUGUUGUUAAUUGCAGCUUCCUCGUCAGUAAAACAGCAGACACUUGAUUUUGGUCAAGUAUCAGCAAUGGGUUUCUUCCUGUUGUAGAUAGGUUUUUAAAUGGGGUACAAUAGCAUGCAUCUCCUAAGAGUGGUUUAAGAAUAGAUGUCUGAAAAAAAAGAGACCCCUCCCUCAGUGGUGGUGGAAACAUCUCAAAUGUACCAGUUCCAAAUAAUAUGGAACUUGACGGCGUUGAUUUUGGAAAAAUAAUUCAAACUAUGCUUUUUUUUUUUUUUU